UAGGUUAUGUGAAGUUGAAAAACCUUGAAAAAUCAUCGCUUUAGAUCGGUAAAAAUUCAGUCAUCUCGCCACAGAUUGGUAUUAUUUAGGACAGUGUCACUAUUUACCAACAAUUUUACGUUUUAAAAGCAUUCUAAUGGAACCGGAUUUCACCAAUCCUGCUUUGAACCAUGUGAAGUUUGAAUUUGAUGAUUUUUAUGAGGACGAUCCGGUACAGAACUUGUCCACCCCGGUGAAGCAAGAACCUAACGAUUUCUAUUACGACGAGGAACAUAAGUUCGAACAUUGCUUCGAUGAAAAUAUUGCGCAAACCACAAAUUUUGCGUGUGAUUCGAGCUCACAAAUUGAAGAACUACCGCGGCAAUAUACAUUAGAAGAAUUGACUCCUACUUUAAAAGAUCCUCGCUGCGAUCCAGAUUGGAAUUUGGCAAGCCUUUGGCCCGUAUUUGUUAGCAAUUUUCACUGCCACUCUAGAGCACAGCUUGAUUACGCAAUUCGAAGCUAUUUUGCAUCGAAAGGACUAUUCGUACGUUGGUGGUUUCAUCAAACAGAUGAUUAUUUUCAUGAAUUUCUAGCUGUUGCCGGAUUGUACGAUAUGCUAGUCUAUUUUGUAUCGGAGAAAGAUGCCAAUCUGGCUAUUAAAAGAUGUCACAGGAAUGUCUUUGGAGGUUAUUCGUUGAAUGUGUUUGAUGGACGCGAUCCGGCCCGUUUUCCCAUAAGCAACAGCAUUUACUUCCAAAAUAUGAAAAGCGGAAGAGUGUUUAGUGAGCUCUUUUUCGGAAGGCAUAUGAGUCGUUUUGGUGAUGUGGCAUGUGCCGUAAAAUACGAUCUAAAAACCGGAGCUGUAGAAUAUUAUAACUCUAUAGACAAGCAAACGGCUGUAAAAAAAGUACGCUUAUGGAAGCCGCUUUUACUUCCCCGUGAUCUGAAAAAGCAGCGAUACCUAGAAAAUGAUGUGAAAAGCGACAUUUUACUAUGUCUGCAAAACAACCCAGAUGCAUUGACAUUGAGAAUGAAUAAAAUAACACAGUCAUUUCUGAAAGGAGAACCGAUACCUUUACCAAGAGAAUUAUUUGAGACAAAAAGGCCGCAACCGUUACGACGGGGUCCAACCAAAAAUCAAAUGAUGAAAAAACUACAUGCUAAGACAAGAAGUGACCGACAACGAAUCCGAAAAUCUUUAGCAUCCGGUAAAACACCGAGAUGCUUCCAAAAACAUAAGGAGGCUAAGAAACGGUUCCAUAAGCUCGUCGAACAGGUCAAACGAGAAAUGGGUAUUCCAAGUUGAAGAAGCAUUCUUUCGAACAAUUUGUUUCGCAGGGCGACAUUUGUUUUUUUAUUGUAUAACGUUGAACUUAAAAAGAAUUUAGGCUGCGACACCAAGUUGAACUCAUAUUAAUCUUUUCUGUUUAAUAUUCGGACUGAAGAAAUUGGUUAUUGCCUAAAUUGUUGAUCAUAUUUUUAAUAACUUCAAUACCCAAUUGCAUUUCAUAUGCAAACUCACAAGUAAACUAAGUUACUGAAUUCUGA